CCAAGCUUUGGUCACACUGGUGUUUACAUUUUAUUUUUUCUCAAAAAAACAAGUUAAGUAAACUUUAUAAAAUGGAUCCAGCCGUCCUAAUACUCUCUUAUGGAGCCAUGACUCCUUUGGAAAUAGCCGAGGGCAUUUUAUCAGAAAUGGAUCAACCAAAAGAACCGACUUCAACAGAGUGUUCACUUAAUUUUUAUAAAUGUACAAUUAAAAAUAAGUACUACAAUACAACCAUAAACUUAGUUCCUGCCGCUGGCAAAUUGGAAAAUGUACCGGAGGAUAUACUUAAAGCGACUGAAGCCCUCAUUAUUUACUUUGAUCCAACCGAAACUUCCUUUAUCGACUCCAUUUCCAAAACUCUAGCCGAAAACCAUCAAAUCCAGCUGGGUUUUCUGUUAACAUCCUCGAACCUGUCGGAAUCCAAUGGAGUGUCCAUCUCGGACUUGAAGGAGCGCACGAACUUCUUUUUUGACGUGAUAACCCUGAAUAGCGAUGAUGAAACUGAUCCGGAGGACUCUGAAAACGGCUACGAAGAAGUCGUGGAAGGCUUAAAGAACAUAGUUUGGUCUAAUGUUAAUUAUGGAUCCAAAGAAUCCAAACCAGAAAUGAGCACGGACGAGCUGGAUAGCCAAUUGAGGGACUUUGAAAACCUGCUCCUGACUGCUCAAAGUCUUCGAAAUGACACAAGCCUUACUCGGGAGCAGUUCCUCGAUCGGGCUGAGCAGUUUGCAGGAAUAGUUUCGUCCAUUUUAAACGACAAUGAUAGUGACUAGCCAUAUCUUAUCGAGAAUCUUCUCAUAUUUGUUUGUUGCUUGUAUUUAAUAGCAUAAAACAAACCCCCCUCAAUCAAAUAUUUUAUAUAAAUGUAGUACGAUUAAAUUGUGUAAAAAUUCUGUUAAAUAUAUUUGGUUUAUUAUUAAAAGCGGUACAUAAUUUUGACAAAAUAA